GACAGUUUUGCACGUGGUGGGUUAUAGCUUGUUCACUGUUGCUGCAUAUUCACUGCUUAUUUUAGCGUUACAACGCAUCGGCAUCCGCUGCACUGUUAGAGUUCAACGCGCCACCUGCGACUCGAGUAGUCAGCAGCAAUGCGCCAACUCCUGCACCUCGUGGUGGGCAGCUGCCUCGCCGCCGGCCUGGCGCUGCCGCGGCUGCCACGCGUGCCGCGGCGCCGGCGCGCGGUCAACAGAAAUAGUGCUGCGCUGCGCGGCGGCGCCGAGCCGGCGCCGGCCGUCAAGCCCUUCAGCGCGGAGCUGAAGCCGCAGCGCGCGUCGGCCAAAGACGUCUUCGCGACGGCCGCGCGGCACGCGUGGCCAAAGGGAGACUGGCCGCAGCACGCGCUCGUGGUCGCGGCGGUGGCGUUUCUCGUGGGGCAGAAAUUGUUGAAUGUGCGCGUGCCGUUUCUGCUGAGCCGCGUCGUCGACGCGCUGCAGGCGUCCGAAGCCGACAAGGCGUCACAAGCGGCCGCGGCGUACGUGCUGGGACGCGUGCUCACGUCGGCCUGCGGCGAGCUGCGGAGUUUGUGCUUCGCGCGCGUGUCGUUCGGCAGCGGGCGGCGCUUCGCGCGGUCGACGUUCGCGUCCUUGCACGCGCUGCCGUCGUCGUGGCACGCGAAGCGGGCCACGGGCGACGUCGCCGUCGCCUUUAGUAGAGGCGACCGGGGCUUCCGUUCUCUACUAGGCUUGGCGGCGUUCACGGUCGGGCCGACGUUCCUGGAGCUAGCAUUAACUGCGUCUGCUUUAAAGAGGCGCUUCGGCACGUCGCGAUAUUCACUCAUAGCGCUCGCGACCUUCUGCGCUUAUGCUCUAUGGACCGCCGUGUUAGUAGAUGUGCGACUGGCGCGACGACGACGGUUGGCAGCGCUCGACCGCAUGCGCGGCGCCGCCUUAGUUGAUUCUUUGAGCAACCACGAGGCCGUCAAGACCUCCGGCGCCACAAACGAGGAAGUCGCGAGGUUCGAUUCUAUUUUGAGAGAGACGCAGCGCGUCUCGUUAGGGUCCCAAGCGCUUGGAUCGCUGCUGAACACUGGGCAAGUUCUUAUUUUCUCGUCUGGUUUACUGGCUUCGCUGAAACUCGCGCUCCGGAGUCACUUCAAAGACCCGUCAUUCAGUGUCGGCGACGUCGUCGCCGUGAACGCGUUGUUGCUGCAACUGGCCCAGCCCAUGAACUACCUCGGCUACACAGUCUCGGAGAUCCGCCAGGGUUUGGUGGACGUCGACGCCGUCGUCCAGGCGUCGAAGGCGGCCUCUGCCGAAGCUGCCUCAAAUGUGGAUGAUCUAACAGUGGAGAAGCCGCCCGCCAUAUCAUUUGAAUCAGUCUCUGCGCGGCGCGACGGCGAAAUUCCAGCUCUAGAUAAUGCUUCCUUCGAGGCCCCGGCCGGUCGAGUGACGGUGCUCUGCGGCGCGUCUGGUUCCGGCAAGUCGACGGCUCUCCGGUUGCUGAGCGGCUUGGAUAGCGUCACGGAAGGUUUGGUGAAGAUGGACGGCGCGCGCGCGCCGGCGCGGCCCGAUGCUACGAGGUGCACCGUCGUGGCCCAAGACGGCACUUUAUUUGAUGAGACCGUCGCAUUUAAUGUCAGAGUCGGCUCGUCAGCUUCCGACUCUGAAGUAGCGGCAGCUUUAGCAAGGGUGGGUCUCGACUUGAGUUUAGAGGCCCGCGUCGGCGAGCGCGGCGCGCGCUUGUCCGGCGGCGAGCGGCAGCGCGUCCUGGCCGCUAGGGCGCUGGUGCGACCACCAGCCCCCGUCCUGCUCCUCGACGAGGCGACGUCGGCGCUCGACGCCGGCACUGAAAGACGGGUCUUGGACGCGCUCCUCGCGCCGAAAAAUGGCAUGAAGCCCACGACGUUAAUCGUGGCGCAUCGAUUAAGAGCCGUCGCGCCGGCGGCGGACCGCGUCGUCGUCUUUGACAAUGGGUCUGUGGUGGCAACGGGGACGCACGACGAGCUGCUGGCGUCUUCCUCCGUAUACGGGGAGCUGUGGCGGGCGAAGGAGUCGCUGAAGGCUGACGCGACGUCUGUGGUGUAA